AUGUCUUCUACUAGUCGACAAACCAGAUCCUCCAGGAGUGCAAGUCGCUCCGCAAGUGCAGCUUCCAUCCAUUCUUCGUGGGGACCGUUGUUGAACGGCAAUAUAAUGCCAUUGCGAGAUGAGGAUAGGGUCGAUGGGAAGACGUUGGGAUUAUUCUUCGGAUGUGAUAACGCAUUCCCUGAACAAAAACGUUUUGCUUCUGUCAACUCUCGCGAAAACAACAAUCGUUUCAUUGAAGUUCAGCGGGCCUUCAAAUUCGAUUAUAAUGCCGACUUCUAUCAGGCGAAGGUGAUCGUCGGAAAGCGCAAAUAUUAUGUCGCGGGAACCUACAACCAGCGCUCGGUCGAAACGAAUACGUCUCUGGAAGCUUACGGCUACAACAAAGAGUUCGCAGGAGACGUAGCCAUCUUCUUCCAUUCAAAGUACGAACCAGAGAGGUUCCUCGAGGCCCUUCCACGCUACAUCAAUGCGAACGAAAGAGAGAUCGCGAUUCGUCGUGUUAUUACUGCGUUUUGCAAAAACGUUAAAGACCAUGUCGAGAAGAAUACAUCCCUCAGACGUGUUAUCAGAGGGUAG